UGCUUAACUGCUUUCAUCUUCAGGGCUAUUGAUCAUUGCCAUUAUGAUGGAGAUAGAAAGAACCUCUACAACGUCGGCGAAUUUCUACAACCCAGAAGACAGCUAUUCUCAUACUCGCCUCUGUGAUAAUCUUAAUCUCAUAUAAUUAUUAUCUGCUCUAAGUUUGUAAGGUAACAACGUCAGAACAUUAUUCACAGAGGAGCAGACCAUCUGUUUAUUAUAUUACUUAGAGUAAACAGAGGCACAGAUAAAAUAAAGUGUAUGUAGAAUGCCUGAAUGUCAUGACCAGUCUUUGUAUUUGUUGCGAUCUCUCGAAAGAAGAUUUUGGUAUGACGUAAAAUAAAUUGCAUUGCCUUGUACAGCACAGAUAAUUGACAGUUUCACAUAGAGAUGACGAAUGUUUGUUCAGGAUGUCGAUGUUACAGGAUUUGUUUUUGCACUUUUUAUGUUUGAAAAUUUUAAUGCACUGCUGUAGUUCGUAUGGAAAUUUGAGUGAUAAGUUGUUUUGAGUAAUGGGCAAGGAAGAAUGGCAGGAUAAUAGCCCUCUGUGCUGUUGCGAAUAUUGGAAUGUUGAACAAGAAAGAAGUCAUAUUUUAGGUUGUUGCUGUAACUGUGAGGACUUGGAUGAGAGCGUUGAAAGGAUAAUUGUCUGUGAGCGUGUUCCAUUUCAACGAGUCACCGACAUAAUGAGCACCUUUCAAGAUCGGUUACGGAUACCGUGGAGGGGAGGAGCCAAGCAAAUUUCAAUCGAUUCUGCAUUGCCAAUAUUCUUGCAGCCAUUGCUAGCAUAUAUUGCUGCCCAGAGUGUAUGGUGUACUGUUUUAGUCUCAAUGGUCAUGUUGCUGAGUAUGUGUUACUUGUAUUCUGUCUUUGUACAAUUCCUCCCACGAACAAAAUUCUUCUUUGUAUGGACUUUGACAUCUGCUGUUCUCCUUCUACUGGUAUUUGAGUUGAGUGUGGUGCCAUUUCUGGAGAUAAUGCCUCAUGAAAAUUGUGUGCUCAUGGGUCUAGUAGUAUCCUCAGGAAUAUGCUUUUAUAAGGUACGGACAAGAGCCGAUCUGAGCUGUGUAGUUCAUGCUAAUGUGGGUGAUGAAACAGAAUUGGUUUGUUCUGUGUACAGACGAAGAUUUCCGCCUAGUACCUUCCACUGUCGCAUAUGUCAAGCAUGCGUCAUUAAGCGUGACAUUCACUGUGUGUGGUUGGAUUGUUGUAUCGGAGACAAGAAUCACCAGUUGUUUGUCUUCGGAGUUUUAUUUUCUGCAGGAGCAUUGGUGUAUGGGGCCAUUUUAACUAUAACUACAGUAUGCCAUCCGUCAUUCUAUAUCAUGGAGACAGUCCUAUUGCCUGAUGACUGUAGUGAUGUUUAUCAUGAUUUCAUGAUUGCAUUGUGCUUUGUGAGUUCUAUAUAUUGCAUAGUAAUUGCAUUCUUACUGCUGAUAUUACUGGGGCACCAAUGUUGGCUCAUCACCUUAGGGAUGACUGGACAAGAAUGGCGUUGCGUGCAGGGAUACACGUGGUGUGCUGCACUGAGAUCAGACAGGCCUCAUAGUCGGGGUCUGCUAUGCAAUUGGAAAAAUUUCUUAUCCUGUCGCAAGUCUGUGAGGGAGGGCCAGGCAAGGUCGAAAGAAGGUUCGAUGAACUCUGCGUAAUACGCGAUACAGUUCAUGCCAGUUGUAACAUAACUGAAGAAGACUGCAGGAACAGUUUGUCUACAGGAAGAGAUAAAGAUGGAUGAUCGACAUGGUUAUUUGGUUUUGUAGUCACCGUGUUAAGAUAAACUACCGUUUGCUCGCUCAUACAUUUUUAAAUUCAGAAUUCAAAAUGUAUCUGUAUAUAUAUGAAAGACAUGUACUGUGUGUUAUGUUUAUUCACUGUUGUUGCUUUUAUCUCUGUGUUGCUAAAUUGGAAAGCAAACAGACAAUUUCUGGGGUCAGGUUUUAAAUUGCUUUCUGGUAUUAUCCAUGUAAUGAUUUCUCAUGGAAAAGCAUGUUAUUAUUUACUGUACUUGGUCUGUUGGUUUAAUAUUGAUAAAUUGUUUAUCAGAAAUGUUGGUUACUAUGAUUUAAUUACAGUUUGCACACAGGAGGAAGGUACUGAAUUGCUAAAAGGGUUAGAGUUACUGAUAUUUUUCAGUUUUGGUUAGUAAUAGAAGGUUUGGCACAGCAAAUACCAAACUUGACACAAUCCUGAUCUAGUUACAACUAUCAUGCAUGCUUAUGAACUGCUUUUACAAGAUCCAUCUUCAUGUUAAUCUCUCUAGUCACCUUUCCAUUCUUUCAAGUGGCUACUUUCCUACAGGAUUAUUCUCCAAAAUUCCUGCUUUUGUUUUUUGUCUCCUAAUCGAUGUGUCCUUUUCACUGUAACGUUCUAGAUUUCAUCACUAUAGCAGUAAUAGGUGAUAGGUACAAAUUAUGAAGUUUCUUGUGCUCACAAUUUAUUGUUCUAGGUCCAUUUAUUCUGCUGGGUAUUUUGUUCUCAGAUACUUAUAAUUUAUGUGUUUUCCUCAGAGGAAGGGACUUUAAAACACUGAUUCAAUGAUGACACACAUUUGUUGACUUAAUUUCUUUUGUCAUGAAUCUCAUUUUUGUUUGUUAGAAUUUUUCUUGAAAUGUUGAAAUGAUGUAAUAAAUGCUCUUAGCUACUUAAAAUAAUACUCAUGUGUAACACUAAUUAGAUAUAUUUUGUCUAUAAAUAAUAUAAUUUAUUGUGGAAUUAAAAAGUCUUUGAGUAGCAAACAGUAAUAUCAGGUUCACAAACCUGACACAAAUUAAGGUUAUGAUAACUGAGUGAAUAAAGUGAUGUCUGGACUUGG